AUCGAAUCUUGGUUGCGUACCUUGAUACCAUCUCAUCGGCCAGUAAUCUUUGACGACUACAUGCUCGUACAAGUACCAUCGUCCGCCUUCCUUCAAGUAUCCAUGUAGCUCUUUGAUGUUCUUUUCCGGCUCAGGGAUACUGCACAAGCAGAGCAGCGAUACGAUGCAAUCCACGCUCCCUUUCUGGAUCGGUUUUGCCGUUCCAUCCGGAGAGGCGCUAGAGAUUGCUUCAAUACCCACUGGCAAUAUCUCAUACACGCCGUCCAACCCCGCCUCUUUCACUUUCUGCCUCAGGCUCGGCCAAGAAUCCGCAUUAGGUUCAACACCAUAUACCUUUGUGAUGGCCUUCUCACCCCCUCGAGUGCCAUUUGCAUCUUGGCCAACAGGUAUAUCGGUGCUAGCAUACAAAUCCACCCAAUAUCCGCCACCUGGGCCGAUAUCUAAAACUGUACCACUCACAGAUUGCAUAACAACAUUUUCAUUGACCUGUCCGUUUGUCACCCGUCCCUCAAGCAACGCGAUGAUGCGAGGCCCUCUUCCUUUUCGAAUAAGCGGCCCCCAAUAGGACCAAAAUCUUUGGAACCACGCGUUUUGAACACGGCUCCAAGAGAAGAGAGAACUGAAACCCGAAGUUUUGUACAAGUGCGAAAUAGUACCAGGGAGGAAGGCCAGAGACAUCCACAACAUUUGCCAUGGCAUCAACAAUGACCAAAAGGCCUCACGGGUCUUCUGAAAGAGAACCAUGGCUGGAAGAGUAAUAAUUGAUUCGAUUGUGAGCGAUUUUAGAAAUUAUGCG